CGAAACUGGCAAAACUUGAGCAGGCGGGUUCGCCACAAUCAAGAACGCGGAUUCGCCACAAAAAAGGCAGGGUUGCCAUAAUUCAAAAGUUUAUGUAAGGUUAUUUUGAGUGGGUGAAACUUGUUUAUUGGUAGCAUUAUCGUCACCUUCACAAAAUAUAACAAACGAUACAUGGAAUAAAAAUAAAUAAACACAACAAAUUAACAAAUAGAUUCUUCCAGAAAGAUGAAUGAUGCUUGAUUAGUGAAAAAAAAAAAUUAAUUACAUGAAACAAAUUUAUAAAAAGAAAUGUGCAUAUUCAAACAGGGCUGGGAUGGAAUAUCGCAUCAAAUCGUUCAUAACUACGAUUGAGUCGUCCCAUUUGCCCGUUGCAUGGGCGAAAUGGAAGCGAGAUCUAGAGGCUUAUUUCGACGCCGGAAACAUUGAGUCACAGGCUGACAAGAGAUCUAAACUUUUGUAUUUGGGAGGAUCCGAUCUGCGGGAAAUUUACGAUAAUCUACCAGAAACGGAGAAGGUUUCAUAUGUCCUAAAUGAUCCCCCAUGCUACGACGCCGCUAUUGCUAAGCUUGAUGCACAUUUUGAGCCGUUUCUUCGCCGUAUAUACGAGCGUCACCAAUUCAAACAAAUUUCUCGAAAAUCGCCUGAGCGUUUUUCCGAUUUUGUUCUACGGCUAAGAACCCAAAUUAAACGUUGCGAGUAUGAAAAAGCAGAUGAAAUGAUCUUGGAUCAAAUUGUUGAAAAGUGUGCGUCCAAUAAACUACGUGAGAAAAUGUUGAAGAAAGACAUGCGCCUUGAGGAAGUUGAAGCUCUCGGCACAAGUCUAGAGGAGAGUAAAAAGAAGCUUAAAGAUUUUAGUGUUACGACAACCGUUGAAAAGAUUAACAAAAUAUGGAAACAACCUGUGAAGCAAGAUCGUGGAUGGAACCAAACACCACAACGGAUUUUUCGAAGUAGCUCUGCGAGAGGACGGCCAAACUCUGUAUAUACCAGAAGACCAGGCACAGGACGAUCUGAACCAGUAUGUUUCUCGUGUGGAAGACGUGGACAUACGAUGGGAGCAGAAUUUUGCCUGGCCAAGCACGCAGCUUGUUUGCAGUGUAAAAACAUUGGACAUUUUGCAAGACAGUGCCGUAAGCGCCCUAAUCAGGACCGCCAAUCAACAGUCGCACCGAAGCGUAUCCGAACUGUGCAAGGAGAAUCAGUACAAGAGACAACAAACGAAGAAAACCAAAAUGAAGGAUAUAUUUUCUACGCCAUGGGAAAUAAUACAUUUAGAUUCACUGUGGGUGGGGUGAACAUACCCAUGGUAAUAGAUUCCGGAGCCGCAGCGAAUGUCAUAAGUCAAUCAGCAUGGGAGGAGAUGAAGAGAAAAGGUGUUGCUGUUCAGGAUAUGACUACUAUAGUAGAUAAAACACUUAUUGGUUAUGGCACGAAUACGCCAAUGAAGAUCACAGGAAGCUUCACAGUUACGGUACAAGUAGGAGGCCAACAAACCGAUGCAAAAUUUUAUGUAGCUAAAAGUGGCCAGCAGUGCUUGUUAGGAGAUGAUACUGCUAAAGCACUUCACGUCCUUAAAGUUGGGUUCGGAAUAGGGCGCGUGGAAGAAUCAUCGAUGGAGUUUCCUAAAAUCAAGGGAGUAACCAUUGAAAUACCCAUUGAUCACAGUAUUCAACCUGUGCAUCAAGCCUACAGAAGAGUACCUUAUGCGCUCUAG